CGCGGUUGCCGUGGAGAUCGCGUCCAUGGCGGCGCUGGGUCAGGCGUCCAGCCGCAGCAUGCCCCCCGAGGGGGCGGGCGGUUCGGUGGAUUUGUCGGUCACCACGCGCAGUCCCGUGCCCGCCGUGUCCCCCGAGAGGCCCGUGUCGCCCGGGCAGGUGGCGGAGCCGCCCGGCAAGAACCUGUGGGAACAGAUCUGCGAGGCAGAGCAGCUGAGCAAGCCAGAGAAAAUGACAUCAACCAGCUCAGAGUAUGAAGCUGAGCUGCCUCCCUUUCCGGAAGAAUAUAAAGUGAAGCAAGAACCUUCGGUUCCAGUGCUAGUCACACCAUUGGAGGAAUUCGUUCCACAUGGCUUCAACACAGAGCACUACCUUCCCACGUCCCAUUUCUCAAUGAUGUCACCUAUACCCUGUCCUCAAAUGAAAUCAGAAACCAUCAAACCAAAAACCUGUUCCCCCAGAGAUUAUUUGGAAACGUUCAUCUUUCCAGUUCUGCUACCAGGAAUGGCCAACCUGCUUCACCAGGCAAAGAGAGAAAAGUGCUUUGAGAGGAAAAGAACCAAAUUCAUUGCCUGUGAUUUUUUGACUGAGUGGUUGUACAACCAGAAUCCAAAGAGGAUAGGGGAGCCCUUCACAGAAUUCUUCUCUAUUCCGUUUGUGGAGGAAUGGCUAAAGCACCACCCACGCCCGUCUGUCCCCCUCUCACUGCUUAUGACGGAAGAGGAAGCAGUGAUUGCUAUCCAGUCCUUCUGGAGAGCGUAUCUGGUUCGCUGUGAUCCUGAGAUCCAAGAACUGCGUCAGUGGCAGAAGAAGCUGCGUGAGGACAAGUGCAUCCGCCAGCGAGUGAAAAUGUUCUGGGCCAAGCAAGAGCAGAAAAUGAAAUGUAAAAUGGAGGAUGAAGAGGCACCCACAGCCCCAGUGCCACCCCCAUCCAUAACCACCAUCAGUCACCAUGUGGAAGGAUAAUGCCCAAACUCCAUUUUUCUAUUGUGGUUUCUCUAACAAGAGUUAGAAUGGUAGAAGCAGAAUCUUUUCAAGGUAGGAUUUGUGGCAGACAAGAUUCAGCCUGGUUUGGAAAAGUUCCAGUCUUUCCUAGCUUUCUACCUGAAAUGACUGAAAUGAAAAUCCAGAUAUUUCUCCACCAUUCAGGAGCAUCCUUGUAAGUCAACUGCUAUUCUGCAAAGAUCCAUAUUUCAGAUUAAGACUCAAAUCUCUGUUUUCUGUUUGUUUUUUGGUGGUGUUGAGUGAGCAAAUGGGGCUUCCCUCCUGCUAGGCGAAGCUCUACCACUAAGCUAUAUCCACAGCACAACAGACACUGAACCCCAGGCAGUCCUGGAAAAAGAUUUCCACUU